AUGGAUGCCAGAGAUCACAUUCUUUGCUUAGCUGUUGGAAUGGUUUCUGUCGAUAAAACUGACUCAGGAGGUCGCAUACCUCUAUAUUGUGCAGCAUUGUACGGACACAAGUCAACAAUCACACUGCUGCGACGCACUCUCGGAGUCGAUAUUGCUGGUCGUGAUAAUGAUGGAGCGACGCCUUUGUAUGUGGCUACACGCGAAAACCACAGGUCGAUCACCAGGCAGAUCUUGGCUGAGGAAUCAACCGGUAUCAACGCAUCCUGCCAAAGCAAGACGACAGCACUUCACUUCGCUGUUGAAGAUGGCAAUAUGCCUCUUGCGUGUGUGCUUGUGCAUUUGGAUUCGCUGGGUCCUAAUCUCUGUGACGAUGAUGUGUGGACAGCCUCUAGCUAUGCUCUAUGCAAAGGUGAUCUGCGGAUUCUGGAUCUUAAUGCAUCAAAUGUAUCUCCUAUUUAUCUUACUGCCGAGUGGGGACAUUUGGGAAUUAUCUGGAGACUUCUCUCUUUUGAAAAGGUCAAUAUCAAUCAGACUGUCUGGCACAAAUCUCCCCUGUUCAUUGCUAUCGAUAAUGGAUUUCGUAACGUUGCGGACCUGCUUCUUCAGCAGGGAGGUCGACUAGAUUUUAAUGCAAAACCCUUGCUUGGAGAUACCGCGUUCGCCGUGGCGGUAUCUUAUAGGUAUCUGGAAAUCGUGGAGCUUCUGCUCGAAGACGAUUGUUUAGAUAUUAUAGCUAACAAUAGGCUUGGCAAAUCCGCACUGCUGAAAGCGGCGAGCAUGGGGCAUGAACAGGUUGUCAGGUGCCUUUGCCGUGACACACGAAUCAGGAAUGCUGGUAGCUUGAAUGGUGCAUUUGAAGCAGAAUCCAACCCCAGGAUACGAUAA